CCUACUCCGCACCACCAGUCACAUGCCUGAUUUCACAGCACAUAUUUUAAUGUGUCGCUUUAUGUCUCUGAAAAUUUGAAUAUACUUAUAUUAGACAAAAAUUAUACUACUAUCAGAAGGAUAUUUUGAAAUCCAACAUGGACGAGGAUGGACUGCCAAUUGUGGGGUCUGGGGUUGAUCUUACCAAGGUUCCUGCCAUACAACAAAGAAGAGUUGUUGCCUACCUCAAUCAGUUUGUUGUGCACACGGUCCGCUUCCUAAACAGAUUUUCCACCGUCUGUGAAGAGAAACUAGCCAACAUAUCACUGCGCAUACAGCAGAUUGAAACAACCCUUUGCAUCUUGGAGGCCAAGCUGUCCUCCAUCCCCGGACUGGAGGAUGUCACAGUCGAUGGGCUCAGCCAGCAGCAAACUGCACAGACAAAUGGACCAAUUACCACCAGCCAGAGCCAAACAGAUGGUCCAGCAGUAGGAGCGCUUCCUCUCACAGAGCCUGCUCAGAGUUCAGCAGAAGCUGCACUUGCACCAAAAGCAGAAGUUCCUGCAGAGAACGUUAUGACUGUGGCCAAGGACCCACGUUAUGCCCGAUACCUGAAAAUGGUUCAAGUGGGAGUUCCAGCUAUGGCCAUUAGAAAUAAAAUGGUCAUGGAGGGUUUAGAUCCCAACCUGCUUGACACACCUGAUGCCCCUGUACCCGAUGGAGCAACAAAGAACGCAGAGAACGAAGAUGUUGCGGCCACCAGUUCUGACAGCGAAUCGUCUUUCAGUGACUGACCUCAUUGUCUGUCACUGCAACGCUCCCUCUUCGGGUCAUUUGUUGCUGCCGGUGUUGAUCAAACUCCGGGUUGCAGACGAUGAGGCUGCACUGUGCCGAUGAAGAUCGACACUGCCUGAGUGAUUGUAAUAUCUCUGAUCUGGUUCUGCUAGCAGUCAGCAACUAUGAUUCUGAUCCAUUGUUUGUCUAUUUUGGAUUUAUUAUUAGAUUUAAAAAGAGAGAAUGAUUUUUUUUUCCUCAGAGGUUGGCAGGAACAAGCAAAACAGAGUCAUUAAGUAGAAGUCACAAUAUUAUUACUACUGAUCUAAUUUGGUGUUGGUCCUCUUCAUGCCGCAGAAGUAUCUGGUCCAUCAGGACGACGUGAGACCUGUGGGAUGUCAGGUGGUGUUGGGUAGCCACAUGUUAGAUCCUUCGGGUCCUUGGUGUUCUGGCCUUCCAGAUGGGAUUUGUUCAAGAGCAUCUCAUGAAUUCUUGAUUGGGGUUUGGGGUGUUUGGAGGUUGUAAGUGCUUGGUCUCGCUGUUGUGAGGCACAUUGUCAUGUUAUGUAAAUGGAAAAAUAUUGAAUAUGUGAUUAGUCUUGAGUCAUUUGAGUCCAAUUUUCUUUGUUUUUAAGCAGCAUUGAUGUUUAAAAAUGAAAAAUAUUCAAAUUAUUUAUGUCCAAACAUGAUGAACUCUAGUAGCAGUGUCUACAUCAAGCGUAUCACAAAAACACACGAUUUUAGAUUAUUAUUAUGUUUCCCUUUAAAAAUUAAAGAACACUUUUUGAAGCCACUACAUGAGAACUAAUCUUUAAUGGAGAAAAAAUAUUUCUACUCUUAUUCAGUGAAUGUGCUGCCUGAAUAUCUUUCAUAUGCUUCCACAAUCAACAUUUUCCUUUCACUUUCUUUUUUCUCUUCAAAUGUAUAAUUGUUAUGUUUUUGAAUGUUCUGACUGAAAUCAGCUGUUUAAUUCUGCAUUUACAAGCUUGCACUAAAAGUUUAAAAGGUCAGAAAUGUACCAGAAAAAUGUAAACUGAGGGUUUUUGUCGACUGUUGUCAAUACAAACCUGUGAAUGAAUGCCUGAAAGUGUAAUGUGAUGCGGAACAGUGCCAUGAAUGAUUUCUGUGUAAAUAAACUUUGGAAAGCACUUUGUUUAAAGAACAGAAACGGUUAGAUCUGUAAUUUUGUUUCUAAUAAAAACAAAUGCAGUUUAAGAAAAAGUGCAAUUUAUUAUAUUUUUUUUAUCAAUGUGUGA